AUAAUUUUAAAGGAACGUUUAUACAAAAACAGUUUGUUAAUAAGAAAUUUAGUAUUUUCAUUACCACAAAAAAAAAUUUUCGCUGAAAAUAAUUAAAGCUUCAAAAAAUACACAGUUUGUUUACAUUUUCGAUAUUCUAAAAGAUUUUAUAAAUAUCAAAGUUUUGCUGCCCAAACGAAAAAAUAUUUUAAGUAAAAGUGUGUAAUAAUACCAUAAAUAUAAAAAUAAAAAAAAAAAUAGAAAAUGUUAAAACCCUUGCCACAAGAUGCUUUUUUUCGUGUAAGACCCCCAUCUGAGCUAAUGAUUCCGCAGCAUUUUAUUAACCAACAAAACACAGCAGCUUUAUUCCAACAACCACACGGACAUGAUGUUUUUUUAAAUGCAAAUAAUUUUGAAGAUAUACAAAAUGCUGUUGGUAUAGAUAAUUUACCAGGUUCAAUAAAUCCACACUCGGCUACCACUUUAAAUCCAGAUCCAAGCUUUUGUCCCGUUUGCGGACAAUCAUUCAUUUUACCUAGUUUAUUGCUAGAACAUAUGCAUUUGGUUCAUCAAAGUGAACUACUUCUUCCAGGUUUGGAAAAUAAUAUUACUUACUCUUGUCAACAAUGUGACGAAACUUUUCGAACAGCUAUUGAACUUGAUGAUCAUAUGCGAAGUAUGCAUCAAAUUUUGAAAUUUUCAAAAUGUUCAAAUUGUGGCUUAUAUGGCGUAUCUGCAGGUACUGGUGGAGAUUCAAAAUGUUUACAUUGUGGUGCACCGAAUAUUUUACAGUCCGGAGAUUCAGGAAAUUUGAAAUUAUUAAAACCAAAUACAAAGCCAAUUGAACGAGCUCACAGUAGUGUAAAUAAUAACCAUUCAAUAGAAAAAUUAAGUACAUCAAGUCAUGCUUCAGCAAACAAUUUGUCGAAAUCUUUGACAAAAGAAGUAACUGAUCACAAUAUUAAUAAAUUAUUUCCCCACAAGUUGCCAUUACAAAAUAGUCAUCAAUUGGAUAGUGACCCGAAGCCAAAUGCUGGAACACCUACAAACAGGCGCCAUAAAUGUCCAGACUGUGAUAAAACAUUCAAAACAACAGCAACUUUAAAUUUUCAUAAAAAAGUUCAUACCGGAGAAGCUGAAUUACAUGCUAAAGAGCGGCCAUAUAUAUGCGCAUAUUGCAGUAAAACUUUUACACAAAGUAAUACGCUUAAACAGCAUACAAGAAUACAUACCGGCGAGAAGCCAUUUCAGUGCACGUAUUGCGAGAAAUCUUUUAGUGUAAAAGAUUAUUUAACGAAACAUAUAAGAACACACACGGGGGAAAAACCAUAUAGCUGUACUUACUGUGAAAAGAAUACAGCAACAGCAACUACAAUUUCAACAUCAAAGUCUUCUACAUCUCUAUCUUUAACACCAUCUGCAGUAACAGAAACUGCAUCAACCGCAACAACAACAGUACCGAUAAAUAGACAAACAUUUCAAAGAACUUCUCUUUUAGGAAACGAAAAUAGUGUAAAUAAAAGUGAUAUAGCCCUAAACAGUAACCUGAAUAGCAACAGUAGUAAUAAUAUUAACAACAGUCACAGAAGUUAUAUCAGUCCGACAAUUAAAAAUAACUUUCAUAAUUAUGCAAAUUAUAAUUAUAGUUGUUUGCCAUCAAAUUUUGGUAGUUACAAUAACUACUCAUAUGAUUGCUGGCGAACAAGUAUCGAUCCUGGAGGUGCGGGGUCAAAUUCGGCAACUAGUAAUUACAACCUACUUCGGAAAAAAAUAAAAUUUAAAAGAAAUUUAAAUUUUAUGUUAAGCAAACCUACAUUUCCACCAGAUUCUAAUAAAAAAGUAAAGGAAAUUGAUGUUGAAAAAUCGAAUAAAUCUAAUACAAUGUUAGAGUGGAAAAGUUGGUGUCGACUGUGUGGUUGCGAAGGAUGUAACGAAAUUGAUAUAUUUUUUAAAGAUAUGGAAAAUAAUGCAACCAUAGCGGAUGAUUUAAAAAAAUUAUGCAAUCUGAAAUUGGAGAACACUACUGAUUUACCAUCAAAAAUUUGUAACAACUGUAAAGCAAACAUAAUUAAUUUAAAACAUUUCUUAUCAAGCACAAUUAAAAUACAAGAAAUGUUUACUGAAUUACUGUGUAGUAAUAAAAAUGAUUUUGAUGACUUAAGAAAGAAGUACAAUCUACAUAAUGGUACCAAUAUAAAAGAAGAACAAGAUAUUUUUUCUGUUUUAGAAUCACCGUAUAACUAUGAAGAUAUUAAAGCUACUCAUUCCAUAAGAAGUCAGAACGAUGAAAAUAUGUUAGAAAAAAGUGAUUUAUUUCAAAAGAAUCGCUUAAACGAUAGCGUAGAUACACAUUUUGUGAAUACGAAAGGUAGUGAAUUUAGCUAUAGAUUUAAGGCAGAACAAGAUGCCAGUGAAAUAGAACUUUUUAUAGAAGAGGAUAAAAGGUUAAUUAACUUCAAACAGUUUGAAAAAUUAAACAUGCAAAGUCACAUUGAAAUGGUAAAAGGUGAAAAAAAUACACCAAAAAAAGGUAAAAUAUCUAUUAAGAAAAAACAAAAUAAGAUUCCAAAAGAUGUAAAAAGGAUAUCCAAAACUUUUCAAUGUAAAGAAUGUGAAAAGAAUUUUUUAAAUCAAGGUGGCCUAACAACACACUUAAAAAUAAGUCACUCUAUAACAAAAGCACCUUAUACCUGCAAAUUUUGUGGGAAAAGCUUUGAGAGACGACAACGAUUAGAAAACCAUGAAAACGCGCAUUUGCCAUCUGAUGAGCGAAAACUUCUAUCAUGUCCUCAUUGUGAUAAAAAGUUUAAUUCAGAAAGUGGUAGAUGGUCACACAUUCAUACUGUUCAUGAUAAAGAAAAGGCUGUUAUAUGUGAAGAAUGUGGAAAAGAAUUUUCUACAAAGCAUCAUUUAGGUAGACAUAAAAUAAGUCAUACACAAGAAAAAAAUUUUCAAUGUCCAAAUUGUCCUGCAAGAUUCAAAGCCAAAGGUGGAUUAGCGGCACAUAUGCAAGUUCAUGGUGAAUCUUAUCCGUGUUUGACAUGUGGGGUACUUUUAAAAACAAAGCAAUUGCUAAAAAAUCAUAUGGUUGUUCACUCGGACGUUAAAAAUUAUAGAUGCAAUUUUUGUAAAAAGGAUUUCAAAAGGUUAAACGAUUUAAAUUAUCAUUUAAUAACACAUAUUGGAAUAAAACCAUAUGAAUGUCGUGUUUGCAAUCAGAAGUUUGUACAUGAUAUGACAUAUCGACGACAUUUAAAGUCUACACAUCCGAUACAAUUUGCUGAGAUGAUUGCAAAGGGCGAACGAAUUUCUUGUCGGAAUUUCCCACCACCGGAACAAUUGAAAGCAAUAAAUGAAGCAGCCAAGAAUACGCACGAUUAUCAAGAUAAUGUAAAAGCAGAAAAUGUUGUAGGAAAGACUAAUUGAACUCCUUCACAAUUUAAUCAGUGUCGUAAAACUAGUUAAAAUUUAACUUAAUAUAGCUGUUAUAUAACUUAAUACAUAUUCACAAGAUUAUUAUAAGGAUCUUUUGUAAAUAAAUAUUUUGACAAUGCUGAAAAUAUGUACAUACACAUUAGUUAUUUUUCAUUUUGUUUCUAAAAAUAAAAAUAUACAAUUUACUAAAUUAAUUCUUUUUAUUGUUUUUCUUCUAGAGACAGUCAUUAAAUAAUAAUCCCUGCAGAAAUCAUCGCUUCAUAUACUUAUGUAAAUAUUUAUGAAAAAAUAUGAGUUUUGGAGCAAGAUGAUAAAAUUUCGGAAUAUGUCUUUUUUUUAUAUCCAACCAUAUCGCGGCUGACAAGAACACAUACGAUAUUUUUGUUAUAUCAAGCAUAUAAUUUUUUCUAGAAUAUGUAGAAUAACUUGACUGAUUCUUUAAUAUUAUAAAAUCUGAAGAAACAGUUUUAAAAAAAUAAUGGAAAUAAAGUUUACCAUUAAGCUUGCUAAAAAAUG